CAGUCGCCGAGGCUGUGGCUUUCUUCUUCUCUCCCUGGCUGACGAUCUGACAUUCACUUCCUUUUCUCCUUCGAACCCACCAAUCACAUACCAAACAUAGGAACCACUUCUUCGUCUGCUUCUGCUUCCCCAAUACUUCCGAAACCAGCGUUUCUAGAUUUCUCCUUCACGAGAGCGGCGUGUCUCCCUGUCCUGAUUUUGAUUUCAAGCUUCCUCCCUUUCUUCCCUUUUUUCAAUGCUUUCCGUUUCGGGGUCUCAUUGUAUAUACAAACUUCUGUUUAUGUUCUUACAGAUUCUUUGAUGUAAUAUCUUGAGACAUUUAUUGUGUAUUGAAGGGGGGCCGUGAUCAGAAAGAAAUUCCGGCUGUUUCGUUCAAUUUUUGUUGCUGUGCUUUCUGUUUUAGUCUUUUGAAAUUUCUCUUGGUGAGCUGGUUGGAGAACCCGACCUUUUUGGGGCUCGGGAUCUAAAUUCUGAUGGAGCCAGCGAAUGAGAAGCAGCAGAGCCAUAUUGCCGAUGGAGCUGACCUCAAGUUUGGCUAUAUGCAGAAGUUCAGCCUCUAUGAAACUCGAUCGAAAUUUUACAUGGUUGGAAGAGAUAAGAACAGAACCUUUUGGAGAGUCUUAAAGAUCGACAGAUUGGAGCCAUCUGAACUAAUUAUCUCAGAAGAUUCUACGCUAUUCUCAGAAAUAGAGUGUUGUGACCUGCUAAGAAGAAUACAUGAAGGAAACAAGUCAACGGGAGGUCUUAAAUUUUUGACCAAGUGCUAUGGAAUUAUUGGAUUUAUCAAGUUUCUUGAGCCAUACUACAUGCUGAUCAUAACAAAACGGAGGAAGAUUGGGUCAAUUUGUGGGCAUACAAUUUAUGCUAUCACAAAUAGCCAAAUGAUUCCGGUUCCACAUGCUUCUGUGCGAUCCAAGAUGGCUUAUUCUAAUGAUGAGAACAGAUACAAGAAGCUUCUAUGCAGUGUGGAUCUUACGAAGGACUUCUUUUUCAGCUACUCAUAUCAUGUCAUGCAUAGCCUUCAAAAGAACUUAUCAGAUAAUAGUACAAGUGGACAGUUACUUUAUGAAACAUUGUUUGUGUGGAAUGAGUUUUUAACUCGUGGAAUCAGGAAUAUUCUGCAGAAUGCUUCCUGGACAGUUGCCUUAGUGUAUGGCUUUUUUAAACAGGUCAAACUUUCAAUAUCUGACAGGGAGUUCAAUUUAACAAUCAUUGCUAGACGUUCGCGACAUUAUGCUGGCACCAGAUAUUUAAAACGGGGAGUGAAUGAAAAGGGUAGAGUGGCUAAUGAUGUUGAGACAGAGCAGAUAGUCUUCGAAGAUGCUCAUGAUGGAUGCCCCUUCCAAAUAAGUUCUGUAGUGCAGAUCAGGGGUUCAAUCCCUCUUUUCUGGUCUCAGGAGGCCUCUCGGUUGAAUAUAAAACCUGACAUUAUAUUAUCAAAGAAGGACCAGAACUUUGAGGCCACAAGACUUCACUUUGAUAAUCUUGCGAAGAGAUACGGAAAUCCAAUUAUCAUUUUGAACUUGAUUAAGACCCGUGAGAAGAAGCCUCGAGAAACUAUUCUUCGAGAAGAGUUUGCGAAUGCUAUUAGGUCUAUUAACAAGGAUUUGAAAGGGGAAAAUCGCUUGAGGUUCUUUAACUGGGAUCUGCAUCAACAUUCAAGAUGCAGCAAAGCUUCUAAUGUCUUGACGCAACUGGGAAGAGUUGCUGCAUAUGCUUUAAAGUUAACCGGCAUCUUCUGUGGUGAAGUAAUUCCAAUUCCAAGUCCAGAGGGAUUGCUACAAUACUCCUUCUCAGAGAAUAAAAAUAUCAGCGAUCAGUGUGUGCCAGAACAAGCUAGCAUCAAUGAGGAGACAGUUGAUGGACGAGUAGAAAAUGAAAAUUAUUAUUGUAACCUUGAACUGCGCAGAGAUUACAGGGUCAAACCUCAGAUGUUUCAAGCAGGGGUCUUAAGGACUAAUUGUAUAGAUUGUUUAGAUCGUACCAAUGUUGCACAAUUUACUUAUGGACUAGCAGCGCUAGGAUACCAGCUACAAGCUUUAGGACUUGUGGAAUCUUCACACAUAGACCUUGACAACCCUUUGGCGAAAGAGUUAAUGGCAGUCUAUGAGUCCAUGGGCGAUACAUUAGCGCUUCAGUAUGGUGGUUCUGCAGCGCACAAUAAGAUAUUUUCAGAGAAAAGAGGUCAAUGGAAGGCAGCAACACAAUCUCAGGAAUUUAUCAGAACCCUACAGCGUUAUUAUAAUAACACCUACUUGGAUGGUGACAAACAGAAAGCAAUCAACAUAUUCUUGGGGCAUUUUCAGCCACAAAAAGGAAAGCCAGCAUUGUGGGAGCUAGAUUCAGAUCGUCAUGUUCACGUUGGGAGGCAUGGCCCAUUUUUUGGUGGCGACAGUUUUAGGUCAAUUUUUAAAAGAUCGCUAUCGGCUGGAAAUAUUCCCCGCGGAAAUGAUGCAACAAUCAGGAACAUGGAUGUUAGGCGUAAUCACCCCUCUGAAAAAAUAGUCAGCCAUUGUCUUUCGGAGUCUACUCCCGAUAUUUUCACUUGUGGAAGUGAUCUUUGUCACUGCAGGCAGAUAUAUAAAAGAAUUCUUGAGGAAUGGUGUGAUGAAAAUGGUCAUAUUUGUUAUGAUGAGCAUGGAGACGCUUGUGACUGGUCAAAUUUCCUUGAUCUUGACGGGCUUUCUUCUUCUGGAAAUUCUUGUGAAGAGGAAUUACUUGAAAGGUCAACCAGCAUCUCAUCAGAGAAUAUUGUGAAUGAACUAAGAACUGAAACAACCGCAUCUGCAAGUGAAUCAGGAUCCAGUAUGAAGGAGAUGAAGCAGAGCGGAGAAGAGCUCAAAGAAGGAGCAGAAUACCCUGAAAGUUUUGCAAACUGGAUAAAGAAUGGGGAGAUGCUGUUUGUUUAAGUCAGAGUUUUAUUCUAAUCGUCACCUAAAUUCGUCAUCCGAAGGAUGUGGAUUUCUGUACAGAGGAAAUAAAGGCGGUAAGGUAACAUCCGAAAGCAAACAGCUCUAGCACAAGCUAAGGCUGAGGCUGCUUUUGAUCAGCAUUCAUACAGCAGUUUCAAAGUCAUAGUUUUGACCCAUUCUAGCAAGCAUCACAUAGAGGAGGUAAAAAAUUAUAUCUGAUUGGCGGUAGGCGAUUACUUCGUCUCUCACUCUCUCUUCAUAAAUAAGGCAAUAUCUCCAACCCCUGUGUAUAGUUUUCGUGACCCAAAAACCAAAAAAAAAAAAAAAUCACUGAUGGAGCUGCUUAGAUUAACCGGUUAAGUCCUGUGUAUAUAAACAUGCUGACUGGUUCUCAGUUGGGCAUCUAGCAUUGUUAAUCAAUCCGAACUGCCAGGUUCAGUUCUCAUUUA